AUGGGACAUCAUGAGACAUUGUCUGUCACGCGGCACGAAACGGCGUCAGCGCUACGCGAGGGCAUGCUGGGCACGGCCAAGGCUCGCUGCUACUGCGUGAUCCACCCGGAGUCUGAAAGAUGCCCAAAGAUCAGCUUCAACCGGAGCUCGGUUCGGAUGGAGCUGCCAUGCUCAGGUGAGGAGCUGGAAGGUGUUCAAGACCGACAGGCAGAGGACAUGCUUCGUGAUUUCACGUUCGACCGAGUCUUCGAGCACGAUGGCCGGGGGCAAGCCCUCAUAUUCCAGGAGGUCGCUCGGCCAGCAGUCCAGGAGGCCGUCGAAUGCAUGUGCAGUUGCUGCUUUCUGGCUCUGGGUGCCAGUGGUGGUGGCAAGACCUUCACAUUGACCGGGGGCCCACGUCGCUUCGAGGAUAGAGGCCUGGUCCCACGCUCCAUCUCCUUCCUUUUUGAGACCUUGAGCGCUCUGCCUGGGAGCCGCAAAGCGGAUUAUCGGGUCCAGGUCUCCUUCUUUGAGAUUUAUCGGGACAGCAUCAUUGACCUCCUCUCGGCAAACAAGAAGACCGUCAACCUUCGAGGGUCAAACGAUGGGUCUGAGGUGCAUUUGCCGGGCCUGCUCCAGUCGGUCAAAACAGAGGCUGAGGCAUACAACCUGCUGUUUGAAGGCGACUCGCGACGACAUUUUGAAAGGCUGCCAGCCAACGCUGAAACUUCGCGUGGCCAUGUGUUCUUCCAACUCCACAUUUCCCAUGGCGGUAGAGAUGCGGUCCUUGCCUUCGUUGAUGUGGCGGCCCCCGUGAGCACACAGAACCAUGCGACGGAAAGUGUUGUGCGCUCCCUGCGAGAGUUGCGAUCUGCUGCGCGGAUGAUGUGUGCAGGCUUACCCAGAGAAGAGGAAAAGUCGCUUGGGCCGUUGACUCGGCUGCUCCUUCCGUGGCUUCAGCCUCGAGAGGCUGUGCCGCUGCUGCCAGCGCUUGUGACCCUGCUUCCACUCAAGUGGCAGAAAGAGGACGAUCUCCGAGAAGCCUACGACUUUUUGCAGCUCAUCCGCAUCCUUCAUCAGGCCGCGAAGGGCAGACUGAGCUCACGGAACGGGGCCGGGCCCCCAAUCCCCCGAAGCAAGGCUGAGGCGGAAAUAGGCGAAAGAGCUUCUGUAGCCUCCCCAGAACACACUGAACCUUCGGGAGCUGCUGCCUGGUCGCCUUGGUCUGCCAUUGUGGUUGACCAACGGCCCAAUGGAUCCGAACAGCCCGAGUCUGCGACGCCAAGCUUCCCUAGCCCAACGACGGAGAGGCUGGAGGACUCGACGGCAAUCGAUUCAAGCGAGGUGGCCAGACCUGCCCCAACCAAGUCAGUCCUCGCUUCCUGCGAUGCUCUCAGGGCAGUUCCCACUCCAACCCGGGCUUGGGCCAAGCCGCAAGUCAUUGAGCGACCCGCGCAGCUUCAAGUGGAAGCCGUUCAGAUGCCAGCAGCCAGGGCAUCCAGAGCAAUUGUUCAGACGGCUCAAGAUACGUGUCGCACGCCUCCCAUCAGGAGGCCAUCUCUACCUGGUAUCUAUUCAUCAGGCCAACGGGCAGUGAGCCCUGGCCCCAUGGAACGGCAGGGAACCGACGCCACACAGGUUCAUCGCCACUCCCUUCCUCCAUUCUUCGAGCGCAGAAGAUGCAGCAGCGCUGUUAGCGCUGUUAGCGCGGCAGUGGCUCCGUCGCUGGCAGCGCCUCGGGCUUCGAGCCCUUGGCGCGUGGGGCUGGUGCAACCUCCAGUCAUCUCGCGCCCGCGGAGUUGCGAUGCAAGGUCACCUUGGGCAACACCUGGGUCAUGGCCUUUCCCACAUGCCCGAGGCAUUCGUCAGGAAGUGCCCAGUUUGCCUUCCAUGGGACAUGUGCCGGCUGGCAUGCCCGUCCCAGCUCCACUCCCGUUACAAGGUCGAGCCCAGUGGGUCAUUCAGACAUCUCGGAGCACCUCCCCGUGCCCGGGCUAUCGGAUGCAGCCUGGGAGGACCUUCAUGGCGCUUCCCAGGACCGACCUCGUCCCCGUUGCGCAGCUUCGGCCGAGGUCCUGGGUUCCAGCAAGCGGCCUGCCUACCAGCGAUGCGCCGCCUUUAGUUUCAAAGCCUGCCUUCCAAGCCUUUCACCUUAAUUAA